GAUCAACAGGUCAAGAAACUCUCACUGGUCAAUAGUAACGUACUCAAUGGCCUCCCCAACGUCUGACGACGACGAAAUCACCCACAAGUUUCGCUUCUUCCAAGUCCACAGAGACGGAAAAGUAGUCCUAUUCCGACGAUCCGCCGACAAAAUCCCCCCCUUUGACGACCCCGUCACCGGAGUCAAAUCCAAAGACGUCGUCGUUUCAGCGGACCCGCCGGUCUCUGCCCGAAUCUUCCUCCCCAAAUCGGCCGAGCCUGCCGGAAAGCUGCCCGUUCUGUUGUACAUCCACGGCGGCGGUUUCUGCAUGCAGUCGCCGUUUACUCAAAAGUACCACAGCUUCGUCAGCGACGUCGUCGCCGGAGCUGACGUCAUCGCCGUCUCCGUCGACUACGGGCUCUUCCCCGAUCGGCCCAUUCCGGCCUGCUACGACGACUCUUGGGCCGCGCUACAGUGGGUCGCAGUCCAUGAAGGCGGAAAUGGGCCGGAGGAGUGGCUGAAUAACCACGCGGAUCUAAACCGGGUUUUCGUAGCCGGGGACAGCGCCGGAGGGAACAUAACCCAUAACCUACUGUCUCGGGUCGGAUCAAUUGGAUUACCCGGCUCCAAGAUUGUUGGGGCGAUUUUGGUUCACCCGUUUUUUGGGGGCACGGUGGAUGACCACAUGUGGAUGUACAUGAAUCCGGAAAAUAAGGGGUUGGAGGAUCCUAGGAUGAGACCGGCCGCAGAGGAUCUGGCUAGGAUUGGGUGUGGUGAGGUGUUGGUUUUCGUUGCUGAGAAGGAUGAGUUGGUGGGCCCGGGGAAGCGUUACGUGGAGGAGUUGAGGAAGAGUGGGUGGAGUGGGAGUGUGGAGAUGGUGGAGAACAUAGGGGAAGGUCACUGCUUUCAUUUGUUCAAUCCUGAUGCUUUGUAUGAGAAGACUGUGGAUUUGGUCAAUAAGUUUGUUUCUUUUCUUAAAGAGGAGUAGUAGAUUUGUGAUCCAUAAUUUGUUUUGAGAUGUUGAAAUAUCUGAAAUGAGUGACUAUAGUAUUGGCAAGAAAUUUGAUUUGAGA